AUCUUCUGCCAACAAAAUCGAUCUCCAUCAUUGGUCAAUGGCUACAACCUUCCUUCCCCUCUUCAUUCAUUCCUUGUGGUAGCUAGCUUGAUUCUUAGCUAGGUUUUGAUUCUUGAGAUGGAGCUGGGAGAUGGAAGAAGUGCGUUUUCUGUAACUACUGAGCGGGGAGAGGUGUGGAGGUAUGCUCCCUCCUAUUCUUCUUCUUCUUCUACUUCUUCUUGUUCUUCGGCUCCGUUCAAGUGGAAGGAAGGUGAUUACUUUUGGGGCGUGGACAAGGAGGCGAUGUUUGAUAAGGUGGUGACGCCGAGCGACGUCGGGAAGCUCAACCGGCUGGUGAUCCCCAAGCAGCACGCCGAGAAGUACUUCCCGUUGGGCGGCGGCGCUGGCGGCCGGAACCCGAGCGGGGUGAUGCUCGCCUUCGAGGACCGCAACGGCCAGUCGUGGUGCUUCCGGUACUGCUACUGGGGCAGCAGCCAGAGCUACGUGAUGACCAAGGGGUGGAGCCGGUUCGUGAAGGAGAAGCGCCUCGACGCGGGGGAUGCCAUCGCCUUCGGCCGCGGAGUCGGGGAACCCAGUCGGGACCGGCUUUAUAUAGACUGGAAGCGGAGGCCGGAGAGCCGCCCUCUUCGUGGAAUUUCCUUCUGCCACUUCUUCAUGCCGCCGCUGCCUCUGGUAAGGUCCAACGCCGCCGCUGCCUCCUCCUCCCCGUCCGCUAACGUUCAGCAACAGGUAGUUUUCUUUCACCCUCCCGCCGCGCUGCGGCCAGUUCAGGUCGAUCCUCGGCCGGAUAACAACCAGCGGCAGGCGAGAGACAAGGGCGUGUGGCUUUUUGGGGUAAACCUCCUAGCCAGCCAGACGGACGCCGGAGGCUCUAGCGACUUCAUAUCUUCCCAGGGCUCAUCGUCCUCACUGGAUCUCGAUUCUUCACUACUGACAAAGACAGAUCCCUGGAAACUGGAACUGGAGAAAGCUCGGAGAGAAGCUCCUCACGUCGCCAGCAAUGCACAUGAUGAUUCCCAUCACCGAUUUUGGCGUUGAUGUUCUUUACUGCUGAUUUUUGCAUCGACGUCCUUUGCUGCUGAUUUCGGCGCCGACAUCCUUUGCUGUCGAUUUCGGCACCGACAUCCUUUGUUGUCGAUUUAGGCGCCGACAUUUGAUGUGCGUAGAUAUUAUGAUCGUUUAUGCAUGUUUUAACGUACAUUCACUUGUUUUAUUUGUAUAUAUUCUUUGCACGAUCAUCUCUCUUAUCGUUUAUUCAGUAUUUAUUACUAUUUUAUCGGAAAUCUGCUCUUUGUUUGGUUUUAUGUUGAUAGGGAUAACUUUUGGAGCGAAAAGGACGAUUGUCGAUGCAUCGGAGCAAAGCAGAGCACGGUCGUGCAACCCUGCAUGGCCGUGUGGCCAUUCCAGACAGAGAGCAGAGCACGACUGUUGAUAACUAUGAUUUUGGCUAUAUUAUCUUGAUUCAUAAUGCAUGUUUUUAAUGAUAUUUUCAUAGCUUAAAGUCAUAUUUACUCUACAUUUCAUAAUUUCAUUCUAUCUUGGAUUUAAUUGCA